CUUCUAAUUUCCCUGCUUCUACAGUUCUAUUAGCAUGAACAAUUUUGAUUUUGAUAUCAUUCUCAUACGCCAUUAGGGCUUGGUCGUUUAGUAUGAGAUGCUAAUUCAUUUCUGAUUUUAAAAUUGGAUAAUUGGGAAACCUAUAUAACCAUGGAAGUUUGUAAACAUUCUUUUCAGUGGUUUGCUGUAAUCUAGAGAUUCUGCAAAUAUCCCCCAAGCAGAGUGUGAGAAGGAGCUGAGACUGGGGGCAUCUAUAUUGCGACUUUCUAAUAUGUUUUGGUGGUUCACUUUGGUUUUUAUAUACAUAUCUUAGUGCCUGAGGAGUGGGCCAGCUGCAAGGAUUGAAGCUGGAAUACAAUUUACAAUUUAUAAUUAUCAUGACAAAAAUCUUAAAUUAUCAUCUUUAUUUUAGUUUUGAAGGAUUAUAUUGAUUUUUUUUCUUGGGUGCAUUUUUUUAGGUUUGUGGUAAGGCUCUCUGGUGGAUCAUAUAGCUUAAUCUAACGAUGGGACAAGCUCUUGGUUGUAUACAAGUUGACCAGUCAACAGUAGCUGUCAAAGAAACUUUUGGCAAGUUUGAUGAGGUGCUUGAGCCUGGUUGUCACUGCUUGCCAUGGUGUUUUGGGAGUCAAUUAGCUGGUAACCUUUCAUUACGGGUGCAACAACUUGAUGUACGUUGUGAGACGAAAACUAAGGAUAAUGUUUUUGUUACUGUGGUUGCAUCUGUUCAAUACCGAGCAAUGGCUGCAAGGGCAGAAGAUGCUUUUUACAAGCUCAGCAACACCAGGUCACAGAUCCAAGCAUACGUUUUUGAUGUCAUUAGGGCAAGCGUUCCAAAGUUGGAGUUGGAUGCAGUAUUUGAACAGAAAAAUGACAUAGCAAAAGCUGUGGAAGAUGAGCUUGAAAAGGCCAUGUCUGCAUAUGGUUAUGAGAUAGUUCAGACUCUUAUCGUGGAUAUUGAACCAGAUGAGCAUGUCAAGAGAGCUAUGAAUGAGAUAAAUGCAGCUUCUAGAAUGAGAAUGGCUGCAAAUGAGAAGGCCGAAGCAGAGAAGAUUUUGCAGAUAAAGCGAGCAGAGGGAGACGCAGAGUCCAAAUACCUGGCAGGGCUGGGUAUAUCCCGGCAGCGCCAGGCCAUUGUCGAUGGGCUGAGGGAUAGUGUGCUUGCUUUCUCUACGAAUGUGCCUGGAACAACAGCUAAGGAUGUGAUGGACAUGGUUCUAGUGACCCAAUACUUUGACACGAUGAAAGAGAUCGGUGCAUCCUCAAAGUCUUCCUCUGUUUUCAUCCCACAUGGACCAGGCGCUGUGAGAGAUGUUGCUUCACAAAUUAGGGAGGGUCUCCUUCAAGCUAGUGCAACCCAGUAGUGUGAAGCUCAGAAUGCUUGUUGGAGGUGCAUUCGAAGUUUGUGCUGAUAUUCAGAAAAGUGGAGUUUAUUUGUGUUCCUCACCUUUGUGGAGUUUAUUUGUUUUUUUUUUCACCUUUCUUCACAUGUGAUAAUAUAAUGUGUAUUGAUGUGAAUCAGUAUUGGCAGCGGAUGAAUGAUUGAAUGCUUGUUCAUAUCUAUUAGCGAGCUUGAUAUAGAAUUUUGUCUCGAAA